AGUGCACGGGAACGACAUGAUCUGCGCCGUGCUAUCUUGUGCUCCCCUUCGACCGGAAAAAUAGAAAGCCACCACGUGUUCCUCGUUCACGAGCGAGCAAAGCUAUUGGCAAAGCAGGAGUAGAAGCUCAAUCACGGCGGUGCUGACUGAAAAAGGUACAGGAAAAUCGAGCAUGUCUAUCCUCCGACCGUACCUGACCGUUAAGAUUUUAAAAUACUAUAGAUAAAACCACCAUAAUGAGAGGAAAAGGAAAUCAAAAUCAGGACGAUGAAGAGUACGAGGACGAGGACUUUCGUUCCAGAAAAGACGGACUCUCUGCGAAUCUCACUUCUAACAACAGCAAUAGUAAUGUUAACAUUAACAAAGAUGGGAAGAACAUUGAUAAAACUAAUGUGAUAAGAUCUAAACAUUCAGUAACUGAGCAGCGAAGGAGGAGCAAGAUCAAUGAGAGAUUUCAGAUAUUGAGAGAUCUUAUACCUCAUAGUGAUCAAAAGAGAGAUACAGCUUCAUUUCUGCUAGAGGUUAUUGAAUAUGUGCAGUUCUUACAGGAAAAGGUGCAGAAGUAUGAGGGUUCAUACCAGGGAUGGAGUUCUGAGCCUACAAAGUUGAUUCCCUGGAGAAACAGUCACUGGCGUGUUCAAAGUUUCAUCGGUCACCCACAAGCAAUAAAAAAUGAUUCUGGUCGAGGGCCAACGUUUGAUGAGAAUAAUAUUACCAUCAACCCAACAAUGCUUACAGGGACACAGCGUCAAGGACAAUCAGACCCUAGCAGGGAUGUUACUUGCAAAGCAGCAGAGCAGCUGCCUGAAUUAGCAAACAAGGUUAUGCCUGUUCCUAUGUCCUUGCAGACGACAAUACCAAAUACUGUUCAAAGUGAUUGUCUUGUUGCACAUCCUUUUGGGCUACCUGUUUCUGAUGCACAAUCAGCUGAUUUUUCCAUCACAAACGAUACAAUGAACCAGCAGGAGGAGCUAACUAUUGAAGGAGGAACAAUAAGCAUCUCCAGUGUUUACUCUCAAGGGUUGUUGAGCAAUCUUACACAAGCACUGCAGAAUGCUGGCGUUGAUUUGUCACAGGCCAACAUCUCAGUGAAGAUUGAUCUUGGAAAGAGGGCAAAUAGAGGGCUGACAUCUGAAACAUCUACCAAGGAUCCUCAGAGUCCCCCUUCUAGCAAUCAAGCAAUGACACAUCUUAGGGAUGGGAGCUGUGGAGAGGACCCAGAUCACUCUCAAAAACGGCUGAAGAUGUAAGAGUAGUAUGGCUUUCUUGGGUCUUCAUAUUCACUUUGUUUCUCUUUUCAUUUUUUUCAUCUACUAUUUCUUUUGGCUUCUUCCCCUGUUGUACAUGCUGUGCUUUUGGCUUCUUAGACUCUUAGCAGCAUUUCCUGAGAUUCAUGUUAAGAGUUGUUCCCUUAGGUGAUAUGUUUUCCCCGGAAUUUUCUUUAGUUCUGUGAUCAAGGGGGUGCAAUUGCCUGUAUCAUCGUUGUAUUAUACAUAUAUAUAGAGUUUUCCUGGGGGCCGUCCUUGUGGGAAUAGAGUUUCACGUAUGUGCAUCAUACAAAUAUAAAUGGCAUACAGAUUUGUCAGGUA